CUUUUGUCUCAGGAAACAGAAACCCCUAAUGGCUCUUUCUGCUCUCUAAGUGUUAACGCCCGCCCACCUACUUCACUGUGCCGUCUGAAGCUCAGACUUCCUCCGCCACCGACCGACGGGAAGAGAGAGAGAGAGGGAGAGAAUAAGAGAGAUUUUUCGCGAUGGCUUCUGCCGCUUUCACCAAUCCGGCUUCUUUGUCUCUUUCUAAAUUGAAUCAGAAUCGUUGUUUUCAGUCAUCGCCGUCGCAUUUGCAUCACUUGCACAUCUCCGCUUCCCCUGCUUUCACCUCCUUGACUGCCGGUUUCAAAGCCAAUGGUAUGUUUCUCACUCGUCGACAUGACCGAUGCGAUCUAAGUGACCGUCGACGGAUGUUUUUGGUGUCUUCUUCUGGAGGUGGUGGUUCUGACGGCGGUAACUUUUCUUCGCGCGGCGGAGGAGGCGGGGGCGGGGGCGGUGAUGAUCAUGGUAAUGAAGGUGGCUCUGGAAAUGCUGGUGAUAAGAACAAGGCGGAGGCGCUUUUGGUGUUGGCUGAGGCUGGCCGAUCACUGGAAUGCCUGCCGAAGGACUUGGUGGCCGCGAUCGAGGCCGGUCGAAUCCCUGGAUCGGUGAUCACGAAGUUUUUUGAGCUUGAGAAGUCUGCUAUCAUGCGAUGGCUGAUGCAGUUUGGUGGAUUCAAGGAGCGCCUGUUGGCGGACGAUUUGUUUCUAGCGAAGGUCGGGAUGGAAUGCGGCGUUGGGGUCUUCACAAAGACUGCUGCUGAGUAUGAGCGCCGAAGGGAAAAGUUUUUUGAUGAGCUCGAGAUUGUUUUCGCUGAUGUGGUAAUGGCGGUUAUUGCUGAUUUCAUGCUUGUUUAUCUUCCUGCUCCGACUGUUUCUCUCCGACCACCACUUUCAGUCAGUGCAGGAGCUAUUGCGAAGUUCUUCCAUGGAUGUCCUGAUAAUGCUUUCCAGGUUGCUCUCUCUGGAACUUCGUAUUCAUUAUUACAGAGAUUUGGUGCAAUAGCGCGCAAUGGAGCUAAGCUUUUUGCAGUUGGCACGACUUCAUCACUGGUUGGCACAGCUGUUACCAAUACUGUAAUCAAUGCAAGGAAGGCCAUUGAUAAGAAUGCUGCAGCUGAAGUGGAAAAUGUGCCUAUACUUUCCACCAGUGUUGGUUACGGUGUCUAUAUGGCUGUCUCCAGCAACCUCAGGUAUCAAGUUCUGGCUGGUGUAAUAGAACAGCGAAUUUUGGAGCCCUUGUUACACAAGCACAAGCUCAUGCUCAGCGCACUUUGUUUUGCUGUUAGAACAGGAAACACAUUCCUUGGUUCACUCUUGUGGGUGGACUAUGCCCGUUUUAUAGGAAUUCAGAAGUGAAGGCUAAUUCGCUUGGUUUGCUUUAAAUUAGGUAUUUCAAAUGAACGCGAGGAAGGUUCCAAUUUACAAUUAAGAGUUGUUUAAUUUCCUUAUUUGCAGUACAAGAUCCAUUGUGACGUUUUUUUGGUUUUGGUUAUAUUUCACUUUUCAUUGUUUCUCUCGUUCUGUCAUUUUUUCCGCUUUUCUUUUCUUUCACUAUUUCUGUGCUUUUAAGAUAUCGGAACAGAUGGGAAUAACAAUAAAGUAUAGUGAACUUAGUUCGGGUUAAAAGAACAUUUUGAUAAGCUUCCAUGAAUGGAGCUAUGAAAGUAAUUAUCAAAUCAUUUGUUA